UGGAACGCUUUUUAUAUCGGUUUCAAGAAUUUGAUGAGUUAACAGCCAAACAGAACCUUAUCAACAAGCCGAGUAUCCCCUUCUUAAUAAUGGAGCAAGAACACAUUUGUCGAAUAUGUAUGCAAGGCGGGGUACUUGUCAAUUGGAAUAAACCACUUUCGGAUGCAAUGGAUAUCUCAUACAAAGAUUGUUAUUACAAAUACACGCGACUGGAAGAAAUGGAUUUUGUUUCAGAUGCACUUCCGCAAUUCUUUUGUCAACUGUGUUCAAUAAAGAUGAAGCGGUUUCAUCUACUCAUAGAAAAAGCUAUUGAGACGCAAAAAUAUUUGGAACAAAAAUUACAAGAAUCCCUCAGCCUGCCUGUAGUAAAAAAUGAAAUUGAAGAAGAAACUGAAUGUGUCUAUAUGCCCGACAUAUGUUUUGAAAUAACUGCCAUAGAUUCUUUAGAAGAAACCCCUGAAAGCGAAUUACCGUCUCAGGAGGAGGAGGAAGCGAAUAGCACUGAAGAAGACAGUAGAAAUGAGCUAUCAGAAACUCAAACCGGCAAUCUCACCGAAAAUGAGUACGACCUGGAAAGCAAUGGUGAGAAUGGUGAUGGGGAAAACGAAUCCAUGAUAUCCGUUGAGGAAAAGAAAAACAACAGAUCGAAAUUGGAGACCAGAAAAGGUGCUAUGUGUUCAUACUGCUCAAAAAUCCUACAGGAUGCCUACGCUCUACGAAUGCAUGAGCUAAUCCACAAGGAGGACAGAGAGCGGGAAGUAACUUGCUCUAUAUGUGGUCUUAAAACUUUUACUAAAAGAUCUCUGUACACGCACAUGAAAAUCCACGAUAAGAAUCGUGAAAAGGAAUUCAAGUGUGAAUUCUGUGACAAGGCAUUCUUUCAUCGUGGGGCCUGCAAUGUGCAUCGUCGAAUACAUUUGGGUCAGAUGAUCAAAUGUCCCAUAUGUCCAAAGGAAUUUGCCAGACAAGUUGAUGUCGACCGGCACGUUCAAAGUCACUCUAGUACACCGUUACAUGCGGCCAAACCAAAGCCAAAGCUUAAGUACAUAGUUCACUGCAAGGACUGUAAUAAAGAUAUAAAUAGCGCCAAUUUUAAUGCGCAUAGAGCGCGACAUUUAAAUGAACCCUUUGUGCGUUGCAUUCUCUGUGAAAAGGAUUUCUUUAGUCGAGCUAAAUGUACUAUCCAUAUGAAACGGGUCCACAAGAGAACUAAGGACAACUAUGAUGACAUAACAAUGUAUUAUGAAAAAUAUAGGCCACGUUUGUCACAUGUCCUGAUGAAGCAACAAGAAGAUGUAGAAGCGAAGACAUGAAAUGUGGAUUGUCAGGGAAGAUAAGAGCGUUUGCAAUGUAUUUACUAUUGUUUUUGUAUAUAUGUAUAUAAUUAAAGAUUACUUACCAUGCGUUUGGUGCCCAAUUUGAAUUUGAUCCUAAAAAUAAAAGACAAAGGAAAAUAUUUUAAUAGUA